CUACAAUGCAAUUUGUUUUCCUUAUUGCUAUUGUCUAAAAAUAUUUUUGGGAAAAAACUAAAUUUCAGAUUAAUUUAUGUUUAGUCUAACUAUUGUAUUCAGUCAGAACUUUGAGAUGAAACAUGAACAUGAUUUUUUAUUAAAUUUGACAAGAUAAUAAAAUACAAUACUGUAUUAAAGUUCUUCAGUAAUGCAAAAGCUUGACGAUUCGACUGUGAUUAGUGUGAUUAUGUAAAGAAUCUGUUAUCGAAAUACCUUUGAUUAACGUUUUUAAUAUUUCUGACGAAAUAAAUUUAGAAGUUGUCAAAAAAAUUUGUCAAGUUAAAGUAUCAAAACAAUUAGCAAUGUUUGCGAAUUUGACUUCACAGAUUUACAGGCAGGCAGUUAAAGCAAAAGUGUUCAAAAAGAGUAGUAGAUUAAUGAUGUCGGAAACCAAUAAUCUUCCAAAAGUACUUGUUACACGUCCGGAUGUUGCUAGCAUUGGGAUUGAAUUAUUAAAAAAGGAGUUUGAUGUAACAACAUGGUCAUUACCUAGUCCUAUGCCUAGAGAAGAGUUUCUUAAAAGCGUCGUAGGAAAAAAUGGCAUUUUUUGUACUCUAACAGAUAAGAUUGACGCAGAAUUAUUAGACAUGGCUGGACCUGAAUUGAAAGUGGUGGCAACAAUAUCUGUUGGAUAUGACCAUAUUGAUAUUUCUGAAUGUAAGAAACGUAAUAUAAGAAUUGGUUAUACUCCUGACGUGUUAACAGAUGCCACUGCAGAAUUAACAAUGGCACUGUUAUUAGCAACAAACAGAAGGCUGUUUGAAGCUAAUAAAGAGGUUUUUAAUGGUGGUUGGAGUUCGUGGUCUCCAAGUUGGAUGUGUGGUCCAGGUUUGAAAGGAUCCGUAAUUGGAAUUUUUGGAUAUGGGAGAAUCGGUCAAGAAGUAGCAAAAAGAUGUGUUCCUUUCAAACCGAAAAAAAUUGUCUAUUUUAACAGAUCAGAAAAGCCAAAAGAAGCAUCGGAAGUUGGAGCUUCCUUUGUGAAUUUUAAUGAUUUAUUAAAAACAUCCGAUGUAAUCAUAGUUUGCUGUGCUCUGACUCCAGAAACCAAAGAAAUUUUUAAUUAUGAAGCCUUCCAAAGAAUGAAGCCAAAUUGCAUAUUUAUAAACACAUCGAGAGGUGGUUUGGUUGAUCAAAAAUCUCUUUAUCAAGCAUUAAAAGAAAAAAGAAUUUGGGGCGCAGGUUUGGAUGUAACAACCCCAGAACCUCUACCACUAGAUGAUCCUUUGCUUACAUUGAAAAAUUGCUUAAUUUUACCUCAUAUUGGAAGUGCAGACAUAAACACAAGAAUUGAAAUGUCUAAAAUAACAGCUACAAAUAUAAUAAAGGCUUUAAAAAAUCAAGAAAUGAUAUCAGAAAUCAAAUGAAACACUAAAAUAUUGAGCUUUAGCUUAUUUUUUUAAUAUACCUACAUAUAUAAAAUAAAUUCAUUUUUUAAAAAAUAA